AUGGAUGGAUACAUGAUAUCAACAGCUGCAUGGACAUGCUCUCACCAGCAGGCAGGGGCCUGGCAUCAUGGAGCUGCGGCGGGGCGACAAGAGCGGGUGAAGAAUGAGGUAAGAAGUGGUGACGGGAUGAGGCAGGAGGGGAUGAGGCAAGCGGGGAUGGGGCAGGCGGGGAUGGGGCAGACGGGGAUGGGGCAGACGGGGAUGGGGCAGACGGGGAUGGGGCAGACGGGGAUGGGGCAGACGGGGAUGGGGCAGACGGGGAUGGGGCAGGCGGGGAUGGGGCAGGCGGGGAUGGGGCAGGCGGGGAUGGGGCAGACGGGGAUGGGGCAAACGGGGAUGGGGCAGGCGGGGAUGGGGCAGACGGGGAUGGGGCAGACGGGGAUGGGGCAGACGGGGAUGGGGCAGACGGGUAUGGGGCAGGCGGGGAUGGGGCAGGCGGGGAUGGGGCAGGCGGGGAUGGGGCAGGCGGGGAUGGGGCAGGCGGGGAUGGGGCAGACGGGGAUGGGGCAGACGGGGAUGGGGCAGACGGGGAUGGGGCAGACGGGGAUGGGGCAGACGGGGAUGGGGCAGGCGGGGAUGGGGCAGACGGGGAUGGGGCAGACGGGGAUGGGGCAGACGGGGAUGGGGCAGACGGGUAUGGGGCAGGCGGGGAUGGGGCAGGCGGGGAUGGGGCAGGCGGGGAUGGGGCAGGCGGGGAUGGGGCAGGCGGGGAUGGUUUAG